UAUUAUGGUUAUUUUAUUAAAAUAUUAUAAUUUAAAACUUUUUCAUAUUUUUUCUAGAGGGCAACAAAGAGCUAUUCCCUGCUUUCAGGCAUGAAUCAGGUCACAAUUCAAUGGGAUGUGGUAAUAGCUAUUUACAUAUUCUUCAACUGGUGUCAUGGAGGAAUUACAAAUAUAAACUGCUCUGGCCACAUGUGGGUAGAACCAGCCACAGUUUUUAAGAUGGGUAUGAAUGUCUCUAUAUAUUGCCAAGCAGAAAUUAAGAACUGCCAACCAAAGAAACUUUAUUUUUAUAAAAAUGGCAUCAAAGAAAGAUUUCGAAUCACAAGAAUUAAUAAAACAACAGCUCGGCUUUGGUAUAACAACUUUCUGGAGCCACAUGCCUCUAUGUACUGCACUGCUGAAUGUCCUGGAUAUUUUCAAGAGACAUUGAUAUGUGGAAAAGACAUUUCUUCUGGAUAUCCACCAGAUGUUCCUGACAAGGUAACCUGUGUCAUUUAUGAAUAUUCAGGCAACAUGACUUGUACCUGGAAUUCUGGGAAGCCCACCUACAUAGACACAAUGUAUGUGGUGUAUGUGAAGAGUUUAGAGACAGAAGAAGAGCAACAAUAUCUUUCGUCAAGUUAUAUUAACAUCUCCACUGAUUCAUUGCAAGGUGGCAAGAAAUAUUUGGUUUGGGUCCAAGCUGCAAAUGCAUUGGGCACAGAGAAGUCAAAACAACUGCAAAUUAAUCUGGAUGAUAUAGUGAUACCUUCUGCAUCCAUCAUUUCCAGGGCUGAGGACAUAAAUACGACAGUACCCAAGACCGUGAUUCACUGGAAUAGUCAAACAACAAUAGAAAAGGUUUCCUGUGAAAUGAGAUACAAGUCUAAAACAAACCAAACUUGGAAGGUUAAAGAAUUUGACACCAAUUUUACAUAUGAGCAACAGUCAGAAUUCUACUUGGAACCAAACACUAAGUAUAUAUUUCAAGUGAGAUGCCAAGAAACAGGUAAAAGGUACUGGCAGUCCUGGAGUUCCCCCUUUUUUCAUAAAACAACUGAAACAGUCCCCCAGGUCACACUGAAAUCAUUCCAACAUGAUACUCAGAAUUCUGGGCUUCUAAUUGCUUCCAUCUUUAAAGGACACGUUACUGCUGACAACAGGCAACAAGACAUUGGAUUUUUAUUGGGAAUGAUCUUCUUUGCUGUCAUGUUGUCGAUUCUUUCUUUGAUUGGGAUAUUUAACAGAUCUCUCCGAACUGGAAUUAAAAGAAGAAUCUUAUUGCUAAUACCAAAGUGGCUUCAUGAAGAUAUUCCUAAUAUAGAAAACAGUAGUAUCGUAAAAAUGCUAAAGGAAAAAAGUGAAUUUACAGAUAAUAAUUCCAGCGAACAGGUCCUAUAUGUUGAUCCAGUGGUUACAGAGAGAAUCUUUCUCCCAGAAGAACACAAACCAACAGACUAUAAGAUGGAAAAGAUACAGAAUCUGGAGACCAGAGACGGCCUGCAAAAGUCACUACUCACCAACACUACAGUUGUAUAUAUUCCUGGCCUCAGCCCUGGGUAUAAACCCCAGAUUUCAACUUUUCUCACUGGGGCAAACCAUCUCAGCAAAAAUGAUGAAACAGCUUCCUCAACUCUCAAACCACCAGCUGAUUCUGUAGACCUGGGGAAAAAUGCCAUGUUUAAAAAAUAUCCUAAUUUUGCUUUCCUGUCUCAAGUAUGAAUUCGCUAAGCAACCACACUAUUUCUUGAAGACUUAAGCCUCAUUCUGACAGGAGAAUGCAGUCCUCUGGACAUGCAAAACUCUAGUAGAGGGAGAAACUACCAUGCUUUGGAAAAUGUUUCACCCAAUGAAACUAUUCCAGAACAGACUCUGUUGCCUGAUGAAUUCAUCUCCUGUUUGGGGAUCAUGAGAGAGUUGCCAUCCAUCAAUUCUUAUUUUCCACAAAAUAUUUUGGAAAACCACUUCAAUACCAUUUCACUCUGGAAAAGUAGAGCUGCAUAGUCAAAGCUAAUAUGGGAAAGCUGUCUUGCAAUCUAAAGUUGGAUCUCCUCAACAUAAAUUUAAUUCUGCCCUAUUUUUCAAAAAUGAGAAUUAAGAUCCCAAAGAUGGAACAUACCCUUCAUACUCACAAAGAAGCACCAAUAUAGGUACACCUCAACAAGUAUCAACUAAAUCCUUUUUAUUUUCCUCAUUGCACGGCACAGAACGGAUCUCUCCAUUACAGAAGGUUAAAUAAUAGAAGAUAUGUGGCAGUGAAUAAAUGUGAAAAUACUUCUUAAACAUUGAGAUGUUAAUGUUUGUUUGCAAGGGAGAAGAAAGUUUAAUUUUUCAUUUUAUGGCUUAAAAUUUUCUUGAGUAGAUAUAAAACAUAGUCCCCAACAAGACAGAAACAAGAAUAGAAACAGAGAAGAAAUUAAUUAGCAUGUUUGUUGUAUUGUUUCUACUACUUUCCAUUCAGGUAGUAGGGAUUUGAUCUUUCCUUAUUUUGAUUUUGGACUAAUCAGGUUAUAAAACAAUGAAGUGAGGACAUCAUGAAACUGCUGUCUUCAUUCAAGUUAAGAGUGAUGCAUUAUUGUCCUGUGGUGUAGUUGGUAUAUUAAUUACACUCUGAUACAACUGAAGUAGCAGAUGUACUAUCAGCAAGGUGUAAUUAUUUCUUUUCUGAUCAACUAUGCAUUAGAUGAUGUUGAAAUUUGGGGAUUCAGAGCAAACGGUCAAGAAAGAAUUCUGAGACAUCUUUGGUGCAAAAAGGUGGUUUUAUUAAAGCACAGGGACAGGACCCGUGGGCAGAAAGAGCUGCACUGCAGUUGUGACGGGUGACUGAUUGUAUACCUUCAAGUUGGGAGGGGGUUAGGGAUAGGGUAAGUCUCUAAGGAAUUUUGGAAGCAAGGUUUCCAGACCUUGAGGGAGCUAGCUCUUGUUGGGAAAAUGUCAUUUAUUACUGUCUAGUAAAAUCUCGGUCAUGAGACCCUUCAGAUGUAUAUUAGUGGGCCAUAUGCCUGGAGGAUGACUGCUAAUGUAUAUCUGGGGGGGGGGGGGAGAUAAAGGAAGUUUCUAAAGGAAUUUCUGUAUGUUUGAAGUAAACUCAUAGGAUCCUGGAAGUCAGGAUAACGUUAAGCUAAGAUUGCCUUUUGCCCUUAGCAAAAUAUUAACAUCUAGGCUGUUGAGUUCCUAGAGGAAGGUCACUCUGCCUAUCUCAAGGACUUGUCA